GCCCCUUAUUGGCUGUGAGACUGACGGCGGCGUGACAGCUAGUAAUAUUCUUAUCUAUGCUGACGGCUCAUCGAUUGAUUGGAUCGAAUUUAUUCUUUCUUUAUAUUCACUUAUCUUAAAGUUUUUAGUUCUUAUUAGUAGGUAGGUUUUUAAGCCUAGCCUGUGGUAAAAUACUUUGAAUUAUUUACAAGUAUAAACAUUUGUGUAAGAUGUCAAACAAUAAAAAGAAAGCUCUUUUCAUUUGCCUUGAAGCGACUACCUAACCUACAAAGAGCUGUUAUCAGGGAAGAUACCUAUACCUGCCAGUGGUCUGAAUACUAAGGAUGCCGAAGUCUGAGUUGGAGUAGAAAAUGUAUGAAGGUAAUAUAUGUAGAUCACCAAUAGCUGAAGGAGUCUUUCAAAAAACUGUAAAUGAAAUGGGUCUAGGUGAUGAGUGGGACAUAGAUAGUGCCGCCAUAGGUGGUUGGCAUGUGGGGAAUCCACCAGAUACUAGGGCUUUGGACACUAUGAAGAAACACAAUGUCCCUUACAGCAAUCAUGCAAGACAAAUAAUAACUGAGGAUUUUCAACAAUAUGAUUACAUAUUUGGUAUGGAUGAAUCAAAUAUGAAAGAUCUAAGUAAAAGGGCUCCAAAAGGUUGCAAAGCUAAAUUACUUCUAUUUGGAGACUUCGAUCCUAAGGGUGAAAGAAUCAUCAGGGAUCCUUAUUAUGACAGUGACUCAAAAGGUUUUGAAAAGUGCUACCAACAGUCAUUGAGAUGUUCCAAAGGAUUUCUGGAACAUGUUCAAAAGGAAAAUGAAAGUGUGUAAAUAAAAAAAAAUAUAUAUUUUAUUAUUACA